UGGUCCCGCGAGGAGGUCAACAAGCAGGCGGUGUUCGAGUUCGAGUCGGCCGCCCGGCAGUUCAUAGUGAGCACCCUGCGCGUGGCCAAGAGCUUCCGACCCAAGCAGCUCUGGGGGCUCUACCUCUUCCCCGACUGCUACAACCACGACUACAGCAAGAACAAGGAGAGCUACACCGGGCAGUGCCCAGACGUGGAGAAAACACGCAACGACCAGCUGGCGUGGCUUUGGAGGGAGAGCAUGGCCCUCUACCCCUCCAUCUACCUCGACCUGCUCCUGGCGUCCACCCCCAACAGCCGCAAGUUUGUGCGGGCACGGGUGAUGGAGGCCAUGCGCAUCUCGCAGCAGCACCAUGACGGCUACUCGCUUCCUGUCUUCGUCUACACCCGGCCCACCUACAUCCGCAGGCUGGACGUGCUCAGCCAGAUGGACCUGAUCUCCACCAUCGGAGAGAGCGCGGCACUGGGUGCAGCCGGGGCCAUUUUCUGGGGUGACGCAGACUACACCAAAAACCGGGACUCGUGCCAGAUCAUCAAGAACUACCUGGAGGAGGACCUGGGCCGCUACAUCGUGAACGUCACGACGGCGGCACAGCUCUGCAGCACGGCGCUGUGCCAGGGCCGGGGCCGCUGCCUGCGCCAGGACAGCACCGCUGACGUCUUCCUCCACCUCAACUCCACCAGCUUCCAGCUGCGGCGCCGGGACGGGGACAACCCCCAGCGCCCGCUCUUCUGGGCCGAGGGCCAGCUGUCCCCUGCUGACACCCUCUUCCUACGGACCCAUUUCCGCUGCCAUUGCUACCAGGGCUGGCAG